GGCGGCACCCGGUGGUGCACGCUACGGAAGCGACAUCUGUGAAGUUUCCAGAGCGUACGGGCGGUACGUGUAUUGCAAGUCAGGCAAACCGUACGCGUGGUGUGUGCGCCUGUGCCCUAGCAGCGUUCGCGGUAGCAGCAGCAGCGCACCACCAGUGAAAACGGCAGAGUAGGCAGCUGCCUCGCAGUGGAGGCCGCGCACGGUGGGUGCGAUGGCGACUGACACAGCGCCGCCGCAGGAUGCUACAAAGCGACUGCAGACCAAGAAGCAGACCCUCGACGAUGCGUACGCCCCGCCGGCCAACUACCUGGAGAUUGACGUCGGUAACCCGAUGACGCACGGCGUUGCCAGAAAGCGGUACACCGACUACGAAGUCCGCAUGCGGACCAACCUUCCCGUCUUCAAGAACAAGGAAUCGACCGUGCGGCGACGCUACAGCGACUUCGAGUGGCUGAGGAGCGAGUUGGAGCGCGACAGCAAGAUCGUGGUACCUCCGCUGCCGGGCAAGGCGUGGAAGCGGCAGCUGCCCUUUCGGAGCGACGAAGGAAUCUUUGACGAGGAGUUCAUUGAGGAGCGCAAGAAGGGGCUCGAGCUAUUCAUCAACAAGGUGGCUGGACAUCCACUAGCUCAGAAUGAGCGCUGCCUGCACAUGUUUCUGCAGGAACCAGUGAUUGACCGCAACUACGUUCCCGGCAAGAUUCGGAACACGUGAGGCUGACUGCUGAGACUGUUUGACACGUCUUUAUAAAUAUAUAUAUAUAUAAUGAGUAUAUGUAUGUUAUGUAAUAAAGCUGGCCUUUUCUCUUUGA